AUGAAUAAUUAUUAUCAAUCGAAUUUCGACGGUCCUGAUUCUGGAUUUUUUUCUGCUACUUUUUUACCGACAAUUAAAAAGGAUAAAAAUGGAAACGACAGCAUUGGUGACACGAGUAAACUUCGAACGGAAUUUGAAUCAUUUAAAACGUCCUUAGAUAUUUCUGAUGGUGGAAUGCAACAACAUGGAUAUGAAGUUUUGUACGAUGCCGUAAAUCGAGUUGAAGAAAAUUUAAGAUCAUUAUUUGAUACACAUAAAUGUGGACUUUCAAAUUGUAAAAAUAUCAUUCAAAAAGAAUUGGGAAAAAUAUGUACAUUAAAAAAAAAUUUAAUAAGUUUAAUGAAUAAUAAAAACUAUAAUAAUUAUGAAAAAUUGAAUGUACCAUCUAAAGAAAGUGUUUCUUGUAAAUGCGAUUUGAACGACAUAGAAGUUAUAAAAGAAAGAGCUGUUACGGGGGUUGCUGUCCUGGAAGAAAUGAAAGAACAAUUGGAAAUUUCUGCGCAACUUAUUCAAAAAUAUAUUCCUCAGGCAAAAAAAUUUGAAUGUCUUCGCAACGAAUUCGAUAGUAUAACCGAUGAAUUAUGUUGCUGUUUGGAAAAGUUAAAACAUUCGCUAUGUAAACCUUGCAACCCUAAAAAUGUAGGAGCUUAUUCCAGCGGGGAUGAAAUUGUCGAAACCGAAGACGACAGCAUGCAAAAUGAAAUGUUGAGAUAUAAAUACGAUCAAAGAAUUAUGGAAGAAGAAAUUUGUAAUCAAGAAAAUAAAAUAAAAAAAUUACAACAAAUAUCGAUGGAACUGGAAGAUGAAUUGGCACAAAAACGUGCUCAAAUAGGUUGCGAAAAUAGAGAAAUAGAUUGCAGAAUGGUGGAAAUAUGUAGAUCGAUAGAUUUGAUGAAAGGGAUGACACAGCAGUUGCGGGAUGUUCAAUCGACAUCAUAUCCAUUUACUUCCGACAAUGAGGAUAAUUAUUGUUUGCAAAAAAAUUUAUCCCCUCUCAAAAUAUUUUUUAUCACUUUGCAAAAAUUCAGCGGUACCGUUGAAAAAACUCAAGAUAUGAUGGCUCAUUCAUUAACCAUCAAAGAAGACAAUGAAAAACUCGAGGAAAAAAUUGGUCAUUUGGAAAAAUGUGUAUAUAAUAAGGAUGAAACUUUGAGAGCGUUGCAAAACACAGUCAAAUUUAGAGAAUGUCAAUUGGAAGAAUUUAAAUCUAAAAUGGAAUUAUCAGUGACAUCUAAAUUAUCUCAAGAUGUUGAAGAAAAAUGUCGUCUCAUUAGCAAUCUACAAGAAAUUGUUAAAAAAUGCAAACAAUAUGAAGUAAGUCCUCCUCGUUCUUCUAGUCGAUGGAUAUGUUCGUGGUCGAAAGGAUCGAGGCAUGUAAACGUUUGGACGGUACAAAUCGAAUCAUUGCAAUUUAAAAUUUGCGAAUUGGAUAAUAAAUUAAAAAAAUCAGAAAAAGACAAAAUGGUUAACGAUUUACAACAGGAAUUAGAAUGUCGAGAACGUGAAAUCGAAGAACUUUGCGAAAGGAGUGAAAAAACGGAAUGCGAAUUUGAGGAAAAAAUAUUUCAACUUAACGAAGAGAUAAAACAACUUCGAGGAGAAUUAAAUAAUAAUUCGUUAAACGAUCAAUACGUGGCACAAAUCAACAUGUUGGAAGAUACGAUAAGAAAAUCAGAAUGUCAAAAACAAAUAUACAAUGAGAAAAUUUGCGAUUUGGAAAAUAUGUUGAAAACGACAGCGUCGGCACGGGAAGAAGAGCAAAAAAUUUUAAUGGAAAAAUUAUGCGAUGAAAAAAAUGAAAAUGUCAAAAACAAAGCAACCAUAACGCAAUUAAACGAAACUAUUAGGCAGAGGGUUUUAAACGAAAAAUUAUUGAAACAGUGCGUGGACAAGUACGAAGAAGAUAACAAAAGUUUAAAAGUUGAAAAUGAAGAAUUAAAAAAUGAAUUGAACAUGAGAAAUAAUUUAUUGGAUUCCGUGCAAAAUAACGGUAACGUAAACGUUUCCGAAUUCGAAGAAUUUAUUUGUCAGUUGAAAAUGCAAAAAGCCGACAUUAAAUCGAGAUGUUGUAAUCUUAAAGCGGAAUUAAAUAGAGAAAUCAAAAUGAAAAAAAUGUUGGAAUCGAGAGUUGACGAUUUAAAUUUAAUGUUGGAGAGUAAAUUAGAAGAGACAUUAACGAAAAUAAAUAUAGGGAGUAAAAGUAAUAUUUCGUAUAAAAGUAAAGAAAAUAUGAAUGAAAAUUCACCGUGUCAAUGCACGUGUAAAAAAAAAGAAAAUGAUUUGAACGAUAUUGAAAAUACGAAACUUUUCACAAGACUUUUAAUUUCCGGAAUCGAAUUGGAAUCUCUUAAAAGUGAAUAUUUUGCAUCGCAAGCAAAUAAAGACUGUUUAAUAUCACGUUUAAAAUAUGAAGUCAUGUGUUUAGAAAAAGAUUUAGAAGAAUUAAAAACGAAAAAUGAAGAAUUAAGCGAAGAAAAUAAAAAAUUACGUUGCGAUUUUGAAUCCAUCAUGGAAAAAUCAUUUUCCGUUGAAAAUACGUUUAAGGAAAAACAAAAAGAAUUAUGUGCCAAAUUACGUUCUACGCUAUCGGAAAAAAAUGAAUUGUUGAGUUCGGUUGAUAAACUUCAAAAUCAAUUGGAACAAAUUUGUUAUGAAAAUGUUAAUAAAGAUGAAAUAAAUAAAGAAUUAGCAGACGAAUGUUCUCGUCUUAAAAUAAAUAUACAAAAUUUACAAAGCGAACUUCGUUGUGCAAAAGAAAAUUACGAUGCUCUCGAUAAAAAAUAUCAGGCGUUGUUGGAACAAUUUAAAAAUCUCGACAAGAAAAAAGCAAAUCUUGAAAAUUUAUAUCGGGAUCUCAAUAAUGAAAAUUGCGAAUUGCAAGAUUUAAAAAUCUCGAUGGAAAAAGAAUUAUGCGAAUUGAGAGCGCAAAACGUUAUAUUGAAAAAUAAAUUUACGGUGUUGAGUAAAAAGGAUGCGUUGAACGGCUUAAAAACUCUUGAGAAUAAAGUAAUUCCCGAACUCCAGCAAGAAAUAUCGGAAAAAAAUUGUUGCAUCGAUAAUUUAAUGGUUGAACUUAACGAUUCGAAUGCAAGUUGUCAAAGAAUGAGAAAUGAAGCACUCAGAGUGAUACUUCAUACGAAAAAAUAUUUAGGAGCUCAACGUUAUGCCAACGAAGCCCUUAAAUCACGAUUGGAUUGUUCAAACGAACAAGAAAGCAUGCUCGAAGCAGAAAAUAGCGAAUUAGAAGAAGAAUUGAAUGCUGUGACGCAAAUGAAUGAUUUUUUAAUAUGUCAACUCAAAGGAUUUAAAAAUGAUGUCGCGGAUGUUGCAGAACCCCGAUCGCAUGCUCCAUUACCAUGGGGUUGUGCUACCGUCGAAAGGGAUACAAGUUCGUCCGAAUACUUGGCAGAAUCUGGAUUUCAGAGCUUACAAGAAUCUCCCACGAAUAUGGAACGUCACUUGUGCAAUUGCAGCAAUCAAGGAAUUAAAAGAGGAAGUUCUCAGUGUAUUAAUUUAAGGAAAAAAAGUAGCGGAUUAACGGAAAGUUCUCCAUGCAGGUAA